ACUCUCCUAGAAAAAUGGGGCUCUACAUCAAAAUCAAUGAAGCAAACUUAGAUAAUUGUGUAAAUUCUAUCAAUAAGUUUGGAAUGCCUACAGGCUCAAUUAGUAAUAGACUUGUACAUCUUUACUCAGAUUCAACAUUUACAAAUGCUAUAUAUCAGUUUGCUUCUCCAUUGACUCUCCUAGAAAAGUGGGACUCUAUACCAAGAUCAGUUCCUUUAAAGUGGGACGAUGAGUUAUAUCACAAGGAAUACCAACAAUUGAUCAAUGAAGCAAACUUAGAUUCAACAUUUACAAGUGCUAUAUAUCAGGUUGCUUCUCCAUUGGUAUCCAAUAAAAUUAUUCAAGAAUAUGAACUGAAAACACGGAGAAGUGCUCAAGAUUUAAUUAUGAACAGUCAUGAAUUUCCCAAAUUUGCAGGAUUUCAUGAAAAUAUAUUUGAGGAUUUUGCCCAUAGAGAGUUGCAAAAAGAUGGACUUAAGGAUCUAGAUCGUUCUCUUACGUGGAAAAAAGAUUCAAAAAACAUCAGUAUGUACUUCGUUGUGCCACCAGAUAUCUUUGAAACUUUUCCUCGACAGAAAUAUAAAAUAAUAAAAGAUGAGGACUAUCAAGGAGGAAUUCCAGAAUGGGUCAGUGGAAUUACCCAAUAUGCGCUUGAAAUCAACUUGGGAAUUGACAAUAAGCAUGCAAAAAAACGGUCUAGCAAUACAAUAUCAAUAGAUGAUAAAGGCAAUAAAGAUGAAGCUGUGUCAAGGAAAAAACAGAAGACAAAAGAAGGUUCGGGAGUUGACAUAGUUGGGGAAACAUCAAAGAGUAACAUGAGUUCAAUGUAUAACGUGAAAAAAUGUAGUAGAAGAGGAAAAAAACGGUGA